UCUCAGAUGUCAGACACUCAGGGGGCUCAUGUUGCCUUCCUCCUCCUCCUCCUCCAAUUCGGAAACGGGAUGUGAUGCAAAUACACAGAAACUUUUUUUUUUUUCCUUCCCUGCUCCUCUCUGCGGAGUGUGCAGAGCUUCUCCACCUCAAACACACCGCUGGAGGAAAAGUCGCAGAAGAAGACGAAAAAAGACGUCAAAUGAAGUGAGUCAGGGAAUGAAUUCGGAGGUAAAGACACCGUCGCUUUUCUCCACCAUGAUCCUGUGAGCUCCUCCGUCUGUCUGCGACCGCAAACCUCCGAGCAGCCGGGACUGAACUCCGAGAAAAAACGGAUCCGAGCGGUGAGGAGAGAAGAGGAGCUCACCGCUGCUGCUGCUGCUGCUUGUUGUGGAUCCGGAGGGAGCGCGCGGACAGAAAUGUAGCAUGUGUUUUGGUGAGAUUGUUGGACCAUCAUGCACCUCUUCCUGCUGCUGAUCCUUCAAGCCACAGCAGCUUUUGGACAGAUCGAUCCUGUACACUGUCGCUAUGCCUUGGGCAUGGAGGAUGGUCGCAUUAAAGAUGAUGACAUCACAGCUUCCAGCCAAUGGUACGAGACCACAGGACCACAGUACGCCAGGUUGAAUCGUGAGGAGGGAGAAGGUGCCUGGUGUCCUGAGGGACAGCUGGAGCCUUCAGACAGUCAGUACCUGCAGGUGGACCUGGGCAGGCUGACUUUCCUUACUGUGGUCGGGACUCAGGGACGAUACGCCAGGAACUCUGGGAACGAGUUCGCCCGAGCUUACCUCAACUACAGCAGGGACGGCCUGCUGUGGAAGUCUUGGAAAAACCGGCUAGGAAACACGGUGAUGCAGGCCAACAAAAAUGCCUACGCCUCCGUCAUCAACGACCUUCACCCUCCAGUCAUCACUCGUUAUGUGCGGCUGAUCCCGGUCACCACGUUGUCGACAACUGUGUGCAUGCGAGUGGAGCUGUACGGCUGUCCGUGGGAGGAUGGUCUUGUCUCAUACAGCGCUCCAGAGGGUCAGCUCAUGAUGCCGCCCGGUUACCCCAUCGCCAGCCUCAACGACUCCACGUAUGACGGAGAUCAUGAGAAGAGGAAGCUGUUUGGCGGGAUGGGUCAGCUGACGGACGGCGUGAUCGGUAUGGACGACUUCCUUCUGACUCGUCAGUACCAUGUGUGGCCAGGCUACGACUACCUUGGCUGGAGGAAUGACUCGCUGGGAACUCAGGGAUUUGUGGAGAUGGAGUUUGUGUUCGACAGGCAGAGGAACUUCACCUCCAUGAAGGUUCACAGUAACAACAUGUUCUCCCGCGGUGUGAAGAUCUUUGCCUCUGUUUCCUGUUGGUUUAAGCCUCGCUUUGCUGGCUGGGAGGCGGAGGCAGUGGCGUUCAAGACGGUUUUGGACGACAGAAACCCGAGUGCCCGUUACGUCACUGUCCCUCUGAACCGCCGCACGGCCAAAUCCCUCCGCUGCCGCUUUAACUUCGCCGACGUCUGGAUGAUGUUCAGUGAAAUCUCCUUUCAGUCUGAGGACACCGUCCUCUCCACACAGAUGACCAUGGCGGUGACCUCCUCUCCAGCCAAUAAGGAUAGCACCAUGCCAACGACGCUACAGACAGCUAAUCCAUCCGCCAGUGACCCUCCAGAUGACGGGAAAACGCCCAUUCUGAUUGGCUGCUUGGUGACCAUCAUCCUACUGCUGGUCAUCAUCAUCUUCCUCAUCCUGUGGUGCCAAUAUGUCUGUAAGGUGCUGGAGAAGGCUCCACGUCGGAUCCUUGAUGAGGAGGUGACAGUUCGGCUGUCGUCCUGCAGCGACACCAUCAUCCUCCAGACCCCCCCUGUGCCCCCCCGCUCUGGUCAUGCCUCUACAGGCCCCGCCAACACUGACCCUCACUAUGAGAGAGUGUUCCUGUUGGACCCACAGUACCAGAACCCGGCCGCGCUGAGAAACAAGCUGCCGGAGCUGUCGCAGAGUGCAGAGGCCUCAGCUUGUGGAGGAGGUUACGCAGAGCCAGACAUCACCCAGUGCACUCCCCACCAGUGUUUCCAUAGCAACGCACCGCACUACGCCGAGACGGACAUCGUGCGGUUGCAGGGCGUCACAGGAAGCAACAUGUACGCCGUCCCCGCCCUCACCGUGGACUCUCUCACCAGAAAGGACAUCUCGGCGGCGGAGUUCCCUAGGCAACAGCUGAUCUUCAGGGAGAAACUGGGGGAGGGGCAGUUUGGAGAGGUCCACCUGUGUGAGGCUGAGGGUCUACCAGAAUUCCUUGGGGAGGGGUCGCCUCUCCCUGACAGAGAUGAACAUUCAGUGCUUGUGGCUGUUAAACAGCUGAGGGCCGACGCAACCAGCCAAGCCAGGAACGACUUUCUGAAGGAAAUAAAGAUCAUGUCUCGUCUGAACGACCCCAACAUCAUCCGACUGCUUUGUGUGUGCGUGUCGUCCGACCCGCUGUGUAUGGUGACGGAGUACAUGGAGAACGGCGACCUCAACAUGUUCCUCUCACAGCGGGAGAUCGAGAGCACGCUCACACAUGCCAACAACAUCCCUUCAGUCAGUCUAUCCGACCUCCUUCACAUGUCGGUGCAGAUCUCGUCGGGGAUGAAGUACCUGGCGUCUCUGAACUUUGUGCACCGUGACCUAGCCACCAGGAACUGCCUGCUGGACCGCCGUCUCACCAUCAAGAUUGCGGACUUCGGAAUGAGCCGAAAUCUUUACAGCAGCGACUACUAUCGCAUCCAGGGCCGGGCGGUGCUGCCGAUACGAUGGAUGGCCUGGGAGAGCAUCCUGCUGGGUAAGUUCACCACUGCCAGUGAUGUGUGGGCGUUUGGUGUCACCCUGUGGGAGAUCUUCACACUGUGUAAGGAGCAGCCCUACAGCCUGCUGUCUGACGAACAGGUCAUAGAGAACACUGGCGAGUUCUUCAGGAACCAGGGCAGACAGAUCUUUCUUUACGGCCCUCCACUCUGCCCACCUUCACUCUUCGAGCUGAUGAUGCGCUGUUGGAGCCGAGACAUACCGGACCGACCCACCUUUGAGGGACUCUACCAGGCCCUGAGGCCCCACGUCAACCAGUGAGCCGAGGCCUGGAGGACGUACCACUCAGGGUCUCAUUCAUGGUGGGUUUGUUCAUCUCUGGACUCCUGUAAGAAGACAAACUGACACGAGAGGACAGAGGACUGGAAUUGCGUUGCGAGAGAGUUGCUGUCAUGAAGAAUGAAAUAACUGUGGUCCGAUGGAUGGUUUACAUUGUGGUAACAACGGCGCUCUAUUCUGCAAGACACGAUGUAGAAGAGAGACAGCUGGUCGACUUAUUGGAGAAGCGUCCUGUGACUCAAAAUGUUUAAAUCAAAACCUUUUUUCAGUCGAUAGUGAACAAAGAUUUUUAAGCUUUUGAAGAUUUCUAUCAUUUGUGAUUUCACAGUACUAUCUUUUGUAAGCCCUCUUGACCAAAAUGUCUUUUCACUUAACUUUCUUUCUGUCCUAAACUUUGUUUUUUCCUCGCUUUGGCUUUUUAAAGAAGCCAAAAACUGGACGGACUCUUCAUCAUGGUAGUUUCUCCUUUCCCUGUGGUUUUUAUUGUUAAUGUAAAGCACUGUCUGUGUCUCUCAGUUAUUCAUGUUCUUAUAUUAACCCACACUGGAGCUAGGGCUAGGGUCAAAUUGUAGAGUAGUUGUAUUUUUUUGAUUUUAAUUCUAUUUUAUUGUUCUGGUUUUUACAGUAUUUCAUUUUUGUUGGUCUUGGAUGUUGAUAUGAAUGUUGUUCAGCUGAGGUUCACGUUAAGGUGCCGGGAGGCUGCGUUGAAACCUGUGGGGUUCACGGACUGAAAAUCAGUCUGAUAAUCGUGGGUGACUGUCUCGAUUCUCGAUAUUGAAACCAAUAAGUAAAAUGUGUUGUGCCUUUUUUGUUGCCAAAGAGAAAUAAAGUAUGUAAGUAAUAAAAAAUUGUAAAACCAUC